CAUGUCUCUUAGCCAUAUUGUUUGUUCAUUUUAGUCGUCGUUUUGAAUAUUUCAGAAAUCUUUAUUAUAUGGUGAAAAAAACCUCAAUAAUUUAUUAGAUAAAACACGCUCUGGAAUUAUCGUGUCCGUCUACGAUAACAGCAAACUUACAAUUGUGUAAGAAUGUAUAAGGCGAAAAUGUUUCAAAGAGGAUUUCAAAUGCCAAAGAUGUCUCUUGGACAACAUCAGAAUUACCCGAAAACAAAUAGCAAUUUGAGAAUGCAUAUUACCAAUUUAAAAAGCAAUAAGAAGUUUAAAAAAAAGUCAGAUGAUAUAUUAAUGGAUAUUAUUAAAGAAGCUAAAGAUAUGCGCUCCAGUUUUCUUCAGUCUAGAAAUGAUGGGAUGAAAAGACCACUUGAUACCAGAAUUGUACGAUCUUCUUAUAAUCUGCCACCUGAAAAUAAAUAUUUUAAAAAUGAGCAUCGUGACUCAUUAUAUCCAAGCGAUCGCUUGAAUGAAAAGUAUAGCUACCCUGUUGAAUAUCCUCCAAUGAAGAGGGACUCUUCUGAAGCCAACUCCAAUCUAGAAAUGGCAUCUUUGAGAGUCUCUCUCAGAAAGUUACAGCAUUACUUAAGUGACAAAGAAUUUACAUACAAUUCAGCCAUUAUGUGUCUUGAUCGAGCUCUUCAUGCUACACAUUGCACUUUCUUUUUGGAUUAUAAUGUUAGGAAGGGCUACAUUGAAAAAGAAGGAAUACUUAAACUUGGAAGUUUAGCCAUUGGUUUUGGAAAAUCUGUUUCUGAAGAAGAAACUCAGAAGUUGGCAUAUAUUGAUGCUUUGAGAUCCUUAAAGUAUAAGAGAAUUGAAGAAAUCUUAAAUUCAAGUGAUUGCAAUGAAACAAAAUAUUAUCAAGAACCAAAUAAACCAGCCAUACUGUUAACUAGAAAUAAAUCUAUUUCUGAACUUGUUAUUAUAGAAUCAGAUUUGUUUGCAUCAGAUCGUUUCAAAUUCUCGGUAUCUAUACUUCACAACAGUGUGGUAGCUAACAAAAUGAAAAUAAAAUGGGAUCAUGCUGUUGAACUGGGUACACACAAGAUGAGUGUAUAUGUACAGGAAAAACUUGUGGGAACCGGACGUGGUACCACAAAACCUGAUGCUAAGAAACAUGCUGCUUGUGAUGCACUCUUCAAGUAUUUUUACAAAAAUAAUGUCAUCCUUCAGGUUGCUUCAGAAGUUGAAAGUGAAAUCUGUAUUCCCUAUUCAAAUGUAAUGUAUCUUGUUGGUGAAGUUAAAAGAAGAAGGAAUUCUUAUUCCGGUGAUGAAUACGCAGAUGAUGGUCCCUUUGCUACAGUAAUAGAAAACCUGAUUGACAGCUAUUCAUGGAGUGUAUUGAAUAAUGAACUCUUAUUUGGCCCUGGGUUUUUUGGUGACCAAGUUGUAUUGAUUAAAAAAAUUGGUGAGAAGAAAAAUUUACUCAUGCGGAAAAAAAGAUACAAAGAUGGACAUUACUUCUCUUUACAUACUGGUGAAGACUAUUCUGAUAUCGUAAAAUAUCUCCUAAAGAAUGGUGGACGUGGUGGUAAAUAUCGCAUUGUUCCGAAAUCAGAUAUACCUGAAUUAAAAUCUGCAAAAUGGCAAUAUUAUCAGAAAGGAGUUAAUACUUCUAACCAAAUGACAGGAAACAUGAAUGAAAUGUCAGAUUAUUAUAGAAAUUAUAAUGAUGGCAAUUUUGUAAGGAGAGAUGACCAAUUAUCACACAGUGAGAAUGUUCGUAAAAAUCUUAGUGAUUCCUGCACAAAUAUGAGCCAAGAUCCUUAUGAUUAUAAAGGCUACAAUUAUGGUAAACAUUCUGACAACAAAAGAGACUAUGAUCGCCAUUUUUCCAAUCCUAAUUUUUCCAAGUCAAGCGUAAAUUUGGUGGAAUCAAAACAGAUUUCAAACAUGGGUGCUAAGCACAUAAAUUCAAAUUCCAGCUAUUAUGAUAGGCGCUAUGUUCCAGAUGAUUAUGAAAGAGAAAUAAAUGUUUGUAAUCGGAUUAAUUCUGAUGCUAAUCAUAAUGAAAGAGGAUUAUAUUCUCACAAUCAAAGAUCUUCAAUGAAUGAUGAUGGUAGAUAUAAUUCUAUGGAUGACCAAGAUAACAGUUUUCAUCAUUCAAAGCCUGGUUAUAGUCAGAGGUCUUAUGAUUUGGAUUGUAACCCUGCAAGGGAUCGCAUGCUUUCAACAGAUACAAACACUUAUGACUCAAGGUAUUUCAGAAAAAAUUUUGACUCAGCGACAGAUGAGAAAAUGGAUGAUUUUACUUAUAGUCGUAAUAAUAGAGGUUUUGAUUUAACUGAGUCUAAUGAUAAUUAUCAUUCAAGAACUGUUUAUGAAUACGAUAAUGUUCAAAACAGAGCUGGUUUUAAUCCUUCAUCAAUGUAUAAUUCUCGUGAUAUCACUGCUGCACCGAAAGAGCGUACUGGUUUUAAUCAAGAAUAUGGUGCGGGAAACCCAGUUCCAAAUUAUGACAGGGAAUUCUCCCGCUUACCUGACCAAUAUAACAAGCCAUAUAUGUAUGCAUCAGGAAAUGAAAAAAAUUUUCAAAUGGAAAGAAGAGAAGAAAUGUUUGAUAGAGAUUUUCAUCCAAUGUCUGGAAGAGAAUUCAAUGAAACACCUAGUUUUCAGAAUAAACCAAUUCGCCAAAACUCACUCGAUAUGUCUUUUAACCAAAUUGACAAUAAAAAUGUUAAUGUUAACAGAAUGGAUUUAGCACAUGGGUUUGGAAAUACAUAUGGCAAUGUCAAAAGAAGCAGUGGAAAUAAUGCAUAUAACAGAGAAUUGAAUCUCAGAGAAACUGCCAGAAAUAUUGGCAACAUCAGAUCUGUUGGAAAAGAUGUUCCCAAACCUUGGUUACCAACAAAUAAUAAACUCGCUGGCAAUCUAUCUAUGACUGCAAUACAAACUUUAAAUGUGCAAAGAUUGGGACUCAGCAAAUUAAGCAAUAGAAUUUCAUCAUCUCUUAUGAACAUGACUCAGUCACCGAAUAACAACCAAAUAAUGCUUUUGAAAUUUCUUACCAAGAAAAUUGCUCAGAAUGCUUUACAAAACAAUGUUAAGAACAUACUUGCAAAUGCAAAACGGUUGUCAAAUAUUGCCAAAGCCCGUCAAAUGAUGGAACAGGCUAAAAAGCCUUUUAAUGUUCAAAAGAAGCCCAACUUAAAAAACAAAUCAAAAAAAGCGAAAGCUGUCCAACCUCCACGCAAAGAAACACCCAAUCAAGCAGCACUGAAGCAAGCAGCACCCAAGCAAACUUCAAAUACUCCAAAAGUCACAAAAGUUAAACAAGCCAGUGUACCUCCAAAAAAAGUGAAGAAAUAAUUUAAUUCCUCUUUCAAAUUUUCAUGUAUUCAGUAUUCAAAUAAAUGUUCUUGUCUUAAAAAAAAAGCA